CAGUAUGAAGUGAGUUCUCAAGAAGGCAAGACCGAUUUUUCUGUUCAAGUAUCACGUGCAUUAAAAAGUCAUAAACUAUCAAAUUGGAGAAAUUAACAAUUCAAAAUAACAUCAAAUUAAUUUGUGAGGAUAAAUCUAAUCCCUAAAGAGAAAUUUUUCAAACAAGAAUGAAUGAAUUUAUUUCUGUUGUCAAUAAAUUGCAAGACGCUUUAAGCAACGUCUAUACCGAUACAUCUAAUGAAAUUCAUUUGCCACAAAUCGUGGUUAUUGGAUCACAGAGUGCUGGCAAAUCAUCUGUGAUUGAAUCUAUUGUUGGACGAUCUUUUUUGCCUCGUGGAACAGGAAUUGUAACACGUCGACCUUUAAUUUUGCAACUUAUCAAACAAGAAGAAAUUAAAAAUGUGAAAUGCGAGUCAAGCGAAGAGAUCUUCCGUAUGUUUUCGAAAAAAUUGAGACAAUUCAGUAAAAACAUGGAUAAUUCUAAUAAUAAAUUUUCAUUUCAUGAAGGCAUUGCACCAACUGAUGACAAUGACGUAGGUAAUUGGUUAGAAGAGGAAUUUUCAGAUCAAGAAGAUGAAGUAGAUGAAGACGAGGAUGAGUUAUCUGACGAAUGGAUAGAAUUUCUUCAUAAUCCUGAAAAGAAAUUCACAAAUUAUUCUGACGUCUGCAAAGAAAUUGAACGUCAAACUGAUAUUGUUGCUGGUAAAGAUAAAGGAAUUUCCGACGAGCCUAUCAGUUUAAAAGUUUAUUCGCCACGUGUGGUUAACUUAACAUUAGUCGAUUUGCCUGGUUUCACAAAAGUUGCAGUUGGUGAUCAGCCGGAAGACAUCGAAGAUCAAAUUAAAAACAUGGUGAUGAAUUACAUCGACAAUCCUAAUUCAAUAGUUCUAGCUGUGACUGCAGCAAACACUGACAUUGCCACAAGCGAAGCUUUAAAGUUUGCUAAGCAAGUCGACAAAAAUGGUGAACGAACCGUGGCAGUCUUAACAAAGUUGGACUUAAUGGAUAAAGGCACGGAUGCCUAUGAUAUUUUAAGCGGCAAUGUCUACGAAGUCAAAUUGGGAAUAAUUGGAGUUGUCAAUCGCUCACAGCAAGACAUCAUCGAUAAGAAAGGAAUUGAUGAUCAACUUAAGAGUGAAAGUGAAUUCUUUGAAGAGAAUUAUCCGAAAUUGGCUAAAAAAAGUGGAACGACAUAUCUUGCUAGUAAACUCAGUCGAAUCUUAAUCAGUCAUAUUAAGAAAACUUUGCCAGAUUUGCGUAAACGCAUAAAACAGGGGAAAUUGACACAAAAGAAGGAACUCGAAUUAUAUGGAGCUGAAAUCAUUGAUAAGACAGCAACUUUCUACGACAUCGUCAAUGAAUUUGUAAACUAUUAUCGGAAAGUUAUAGAAGGCAGUUCUAACUCAAACAUUAAAAUUUAUAGAAUUAUUCAUGAAGAUUUUAGCGAAAACUUACUCGAAAUAAUUCCCAACAUAGAUGAAAUAUCUAAAUCAUCAGACAUCAAAAGUAUUCUUGAAAAAAGCAUAAGACCAAAGCUUUUCAAGUUGCCAUAUUUUGAUAAAUAUUUUGAGGAAUACGUCAGUCACUUUAUAGAAGAACUUCGUGGGCCUUCGUUAGAUUGCGCAGAAAAAGUUUCUGAUGAAAUGAAAUCAAAUGUCAAUAAAUUGGGAACAGAAUCACAAAUUUAUCUUGAUCGAUUUCCCAUAUUAUAUGAAAAACUGUUUGCCGCAACUCAUAAGCUCAUUGAAAAAUGCUUGUGUGAAGUCAGAAAUUGGAUUGAGUUUGAAAUUAACCGGCAAUUAGCUUACAUCAAUUUUGAACAUCCUGACUUUGAUAAAAUUUCAUUCAUGAAAACUGAAAACGAGGAAAAUUUACGCCCAGACGAAAUGGGACAGAAACUUUUGGUCAUUUACAAUGUACUUAUAAAAGGUGAAAACAAAAAUGACAAAUUAACCGAAUCUGAAAAAAAAAAUUACAUGAUCCUCAAAGAACUCGUUACGAAUUACUUUUCCAUCGUUCGAAAGCAAAUUCAAGACUUAGUUCCAAAAAAUAUCAUUUUUGGCCUCGUUAACACAGUCCAUAAAGAAUUGAAGAAUAUUCCAACAGAAAUUCUUGCAUCAACGAAUGGCUCGUACGAUUUUAUGGAAGAACCAGAAGACAUAAAAUCAAAACGUAAAAACAUUGAAAAGAAAUUGGAGUGCGAAAUGUUGAAGAUUAUUGCAAACAAUUUAUUACUGUUUGGACGAGGUUCAAUUGACCAAGUUCGAAUGGUUGCAACAAAGGCACAACAUGCAGUUGAUUAUAAGAUUCAAAACGAAUGGAAAGAUGCAAAGCCUUAUGAAGAUAUUCCUGCAUUAUCAAAGUUUCAAUUGACGAGAAGAUUUUUACCCGGUGGAAAAUAUUACAAAAAAUCUUUCACUGAAAUGCACCGCUUGAUGAGAAUUGAAUAUGGAGACAUUGUAAAGUUUCCCAGUGUCUUGGGCCGACCAGAAAUGUUAAUGAUUUUUAACGUGGAAGAUUCGGAGAUGUUGUUUAGGUUUGAGGGGCAAUAUCCAUUCCGUCGUAUUCUAGAGACACUUGAACAUUAUCGGAAAACGAUUCGACCUGAAAUUUACAGCGAGUAUGCAAGUUUAUUUCAAGGGCAGCAUGAAAAAUGGCAUAGAACAAGAACGUUAGUGAAUCCAGUUUUGUUAAAACCAGCUACCGUCAAACAAUACAUCCCACAGGUUGAAGAAAUUGCCAAGGAAUUUGUUGAAAUGAUUGUUAAAAAACGAGAUGAAAACAAUGAAGUUCCAGCACAAUUCAGCGACUAUGCUAACAUGUGGAGUAUGGAAUCGAUUACAUGUAUCACAUUAAAUCGACGACUAGGAAUUUUAAAUCAAAAUUAUCAUGACGAGAAUGCUGAAAAACUGAUAAAGCUGAUAAGGCAAUUUUUUGUAUUGACCAUUGACUUUGAAGUUAGUGCAUCAAUAUGGAAAUAUUACGAGACGAAAGGUUUCAAAAAACUGAUGGAUGUUUAUGAUGGCAUGACAGACAUCAUACUGUAUUAUGUAGAGAAAUCGAUUGAAGACAUUAAAACAAAACCACCAGGAGGGGGUCAUGAAGAAAGUAUUCUCGAAAAACUUGUUAAAAUAAACAAGAAAGUUGCUGUUGUUAUGUGUGCUGACUCCAUGCUUGCUGGGGUUGAUACAACAUCUUCAGCUUUCAUCGGCAUUCUGUAUUGUUUGGCAAAGAAUCAAGACAAGCAGGAAAAGCUCAGAGAAGAAUUAAGAAACAUAUUGCCGGAAAAAAAUUAUAAAUUAACGCCUGAAAAUAUGCAAAGUAUGCCUUACCUUCGAGGAGUAAUUAAGGAAGGUCUUCGUCUUUAUCCUCCAACUGCAGGAAACAUGCGUGCUGCUGGAAGUGACAUUGUAUUAAGUGGAUAUCGUGUACCUAAAGAAACACAAGUGGUUAUGGGAACAACUCUUGCGCAUUAUGAUGAGAAACUCUUUCCUCGACCAAAAGAAUUUAUACCGGAACGUUGGCUUAAAGACAAUACUGAUCCACAAUGUCCACAUUCUCGGAAUUCUCAUCCAUUUAGUUUUCUUCCUUUUGGAUUUGGCCCAAGAAAAUGUGUUGGACACAGAAUUGCUGAAUUAGAAAUUGAAGUGCUUUUGACAAGAAUCAUCCGUGACUAUAAAGUUGAGUGGCAUUAUCCAGAUAUGAAAAUCAGAAGUGUUAUGGUUAACAUUCCUGAUGGUGAUUUGAAGUUUAAAUUCACAGAAGUUUAA